AUGUACAAGAACGACCGGUCGGUGAAGAACUCUGCGGAAUUUUGUGAGCUCAUCCGUGACAUCCGCAUAGACGAUGGCGACGUCAUGAUGUCUUUUGAUGUCAUCUCCCUGUUUACAAACGUGCCCAUUGACGUAGCUCUGUCCGUAGUUCGAACGAAGCUGAGAGCUGACGUUGACUUAGAAGACCGCACUGAUCUUUCAGUUGAAGACAUUUUAGAACUUUUAAAGUUAUGCCUCGGACAAACCUUCCUCCAAUUCAAGAACAGGUUCUUUAAACAAACCGACGGAUGCCCCAUGGGCAGCCCAAUUUCAACGACCAUUGCCAACUUAGUCAUGGAGUUUGUUGAAGACAAGGCCUUAGAGGACGCAGGACAAUUCAUCACCUUUUACAGACGUUAUGUUGACGACACAUUUGUGAUUAUUAAGAAGAAUUUCACCAACACAUUCUUUGACAAGCUGAACAGCAUUCAUCCUAACAUCCAGUUCACGUGCGAGGAGGAGAAAGAGAAAAAGAUCGCCUUCUUGGAUGUCCUCGUGCAAAGAGACCCGUGCGGAAACUUGAAGACCUCGGUUUACAGAAAACCGUGCGACACAAGUCAGGUCCUGCAUUAUGGUUCGGGGCACCCUCUUGAACACAAGCGAUCGGUUGUUCGUUCCCUGCUUUCACGCGCCAUGAAGAUCCCUUCAGAUCAUCAGACAAGACAUGAAGAAAUAACAAAGGCCAAAGCGGAUCUACGAAGAAGGGCAUACCCCGAGCAAUUUAUCUGUGAUACAUACCACCGAAUGAUGAAUACACGCCCGGAACAGGCGGAAAGUAGUCAAGAAAGACCCAUGUACGUUACCAUCCCCUACCUGAAGGGUGUGUCAGAACCAAUUAGACGGUUGCUCUCCGAGGUUAGACUAGAGAAAAUCAUAGUAGACUGCACAAGCUUCUCUGUCACAUUACUGCAGUUAAAUGGCAUUGUUUGUCAGAGCUUGGAAGAGCAGGCCAAUGCCCUUGGGGAACAUGUAUUCAGCUCAUCCCGCUACAGCAGAGACUUUUUAAAAAUCAAAUUAUCUGCCGAGGAACAGACUAUUCCAAGUGGGGGCUGUGAGGAGUACUCGUACAAUUCACUUUUUACGAUGACAGAGCUAUGA